CAGACAGCCCCGAAUCAGUCAAGGAGAGGAGAAAUCUUCUUAGCUGGAACUAGAGAAAGGGUCCCGGUCUGAGAUACCAGUCAGACGGACGAAAAUUGUAGGCUCUGGUUACCGUUUGCAAUCAACCUGUGGCGCAUAGGUUGAGAGGAGGGGACUAAAGGAAGAAUGGAGAGAAAAGGGACAAUGAUUCCGCAACAAAGGCAAGUUCUCUUUCUCCUUGUUUUGCUGGGUGUGUCUGGGGCGGCCCCAGAGCCGGAGCAGUUUUCGGUAGUGGAGGAGAUGGAGAGAGGCUCCUUUGUGGGCAAUGUAGCAAAGGCCCUGGGCCUGGAGGUGGGGGAGCUAUCAAAUCGGAGGGGCAGAGUCUCUUUCAAAGGGAACAAGGAGUAUUUACAACUGAACCGUAGAACUGGGGACCUGAUCCUGAGAGAGAAACUGGAUCGGGAGGAGCUGUGCGGUCCCGCCGAGUCCUGUGUGCUGCCUUUUAAGAUCUUACUGGAAAACCCCUUUCAGAUUGUUCGGGCUGAAUUAAGAGUCCAAGACAUUAAUGAUCAUUCACCUGUGUUCUUAGAAAGUGAGAUUCUUCUAAAAAUCCCUGAGAGCACCUCCCCCGGGGCUGUGUUUCUGCUAGAAAAUGCUAGAGAUUUAGACGUAGGGAACAACAGUCUCCAGAACUACACAAUCAGCCCCAACUCUCUUUUUUAUAUUCAAAUCCGAGAUAGCAGUGAGAGCAGGAGAUACCCAGAGCUUGUAUUGGAUGAAACAUUGGAUCGGGAAGAGCAGUCUGAAGUCACUUUGACUCUGACUGCAGUGGAUGGGGGAGUCCCACCAAGGUCUGGAACUGCCCAAGUCCGAGUCGUUGUGGUCGAUAUCAAUGACAAUGCUCCAGUGUUCACUCAGUCUCAGUAUGAAGUUCAGAUCCUUGAGGACAGUUGCAUUGGAUCCAAGGUUGUCACAGUCUUGGCCACAGAUUUAGACAUGGGGAAUUAUGGAGAAAUAACUUACAAAUUUUUGUAUCCCUCUGAAAACAUUCGUAAAACUUUUGACCUUAAAGAGAAAUUGGGAGAACUUUAUUUAAGGGAAAAAGUGGAUUUUGAGUUGACGCAGUCUUACACUAUAAAUAUUCAAGCUACAGAUGGUGGAGGUCUUUCUGCAGAAUGUACAGUUAUUGUUCAGGUGAUAGAUCUGAAUGACAAUCCUCCAGAGCUGACCAUGUCUUCACUGACCAGUCCCAUCCCAGAGAAUUCUCCUGAGACUGUGGUCGCUGUUUUCAGUGUUUCAGAUCUCGACUCUGGGGAAAAUGGAAAGAUGGUUUGCUCCAUCCAAGAUGAUCUUCCUUUUGCCUUGAAACCUUCCAUUGAGAACUUUUACACACUGGUAACAGAAGGAGCCCUGGACAGAGAGAGCAGGGCCCAGUAUAACAUCACUAUUACAGUGAUGGAUUUGGGAUCCCCAAGGCUCAAAUCUGAGCACAAUAUCAUGGUGCUCAUCUCCGACGUCAAUGAUAACCCUCCUGUGUUUUCUCAGAGAGCCUACGAACUGUACCUCGGGGAGAACAACAGUCCUGCCCUCCACUUUGGCAGCGUCAGUGCCAGUGACAGAGACUCAGGAAUCAAUGCCAAGGUCACUUACUCUCUGCUGCCUCCAAAAACUGGAGACAUGCCCCUCUUCUCCUACAUCUCCAUCAACUCAGACAAUGGACAUCUCUAUGCUCUCAGAUCCCUUGACUAUGAAGCCAUCCAAACUUUUCAGUUCACCGUGAGGGCAGUUGAUGGUGGUUCCCCAUCUCUGAGCAGUGAGGCUCUAAUUCAGGUUGUAGUCCUAGAUGAGAAUGACAACUCUCCCUUUGUGCUGUACCCCCUGCAGAAUGGGACAGCUCCCUGCAAUGACCUGGUGCCCAGAGCUGCAGAGCCAGGUUACCUGGUGACCAAGGUGGUGGCUGUGGAUAGGGACUGGGGACAGAAUUCCUGGCUUUCCUACCAGCUUCUCAAGGCCACAGACCCAGGACUCUUCACUUUGUUGGCCCACAAUGGGGAAGUUCAUACAGCAAGACCCAUCAGUGACAGAGAUACCAUCAAGCACAAGCUCCUGGUGUUGGUGAAGGACAAUGGGCAGCCACCUCUGUCCACAAUGGCCACACUGAAUGUGCUCCUGGUGGAUGGCUUCUCUGAGCCCUACAUGCAGUUCCCAGAUGCACCUAAGGAACAGAUGCAAACUGAUUCCCUCACGACCUACCUAGUCAUUUCUCUGGCCUCUGUCUCUUUUGUCUUCCUGGUUUCUGUUAUUACGUUCAUUGUCAUUCGCUUGUGGAAGAGGAAGAAGGAUGCCACAGACAUUAGUCGCUUCACUUCCAAUGCCCCCUUCCCAGGUCACUUGGUGGAUGUCAGUGGAACAGGGACUUUGUCCCAGAGUUACCAGUAUGAGGUGUGUCUGGCCAGUCACUCAGGAACCAGUGAAUUUAAGUUCCUAAAGCCAAUUGUUCCCAUCCUUCCUACUUCACAGGGAAAUGAGGACUCAUUUGAAAACUCUUCCUUAAGGAAUAGCUUUUGCUUCAAUUAGGAUUUGACAUGUGCUUCAAUGUGUAGAGGCCAGGUUUUAUGGUUUCUUUCCCUUCUCCCUCCCAUUAGUUGCUUCUCUUCCUAUAUUAUGAAAGAGUGGAUUUUUAUUCUAUUACAUUUUAAUCAUAAUAUUUUUAUCUUCUUUUUCUCCCUCUAGAGAUACACAUUUUCCUCUUUUCUCUGCUUCCUCUCCUUGUAAAUAUUUCUCUCCUUCCUCCUUUCAUCUCCUUGGGCCUUUGAAUUUUCUCCCAGUUACACUGUCAUUUUUUUUAAGUGAGUGAACCAUUUUAUAUUUCCUUUCUCAUUUAAAACUUAAAUUUUAACAUUCUUCAGUCAAGUAAUACAGCAAAUGUUUUCUCAUGUAUUCCAACUUGAUCGUGACCUCAUACUCUCCCUCAGAUUUAUCCAAUUCUGUGUCACCUCCAAAGGCAUGCUUUCCAAGCAUUCAUUCUUAUUAUUAAUAUCAAUGAAAAUAAUUGUGGUUCUUCUGAAGGGCAAUAUAGGUAUCUAUUCUGACCUUUUAGUGGAUUUUUCUCUUUUAGUUUACCUACCCCAGAGAGCAGUGAUGAUCUUAUAACCUAUUAGCUGUGGCCCUAGAAUUUUUAUAAUUACCCAUGUACUGAAAAAAAUUAAGGUACAAGGUAUUUGCUUGGAUUUUGUUUUUAAAUUGUGCAUAGAAAUCACUGAAAAUAUUCAGUCCCCUACGUGAUACUUGGUUUUGGAAAAUAACAAGGACACUAAGCACACUAAGGCAUUGGUGAAAAAAUUGGCUAGAAUACACUUUUGUGAAGCUAAUAAAGACAAUUAUAUGGUAAAUUCUUAUGAAGGAAGAAUAUAUCUUGAUUUGGAGAUAAUUGUGGAAUACUGAAUUCAGACUUCUGACCACUCAAUAUUCCAAUGACAUUGUACAUUAAUGAUGACUUUUAAUCUUUACAUGUCUUUAAUAUAAAUUUCAAGAAGUGGAGUAGUGCCUGUUGUUAUGUCUCUGUGAAGUCAUUCUGAUGAGCUAUUUUGUGUAUGUUUAUGCCACUUUUCCCCUUCAAUCCCAUAAAUUUGAAUUUUUUAUCCUUUAGAAGGCCAAAGCAUCUAUUUUGCAGAGUUGUGGUGAGAUUCAAAUGAGAUACCAUUUGUAAAGAUCUUGGCACAGUGCCUGGUAAAUAAUAAGUGUUAACUGAAUGUUUUUUCCUUUCCCUCCUCAAGGCCUGAUGAUAAGUUUAAAUAAAUAUGUCUUUGGUUUCUC